CAAGGGUAAACCUUCUCAGUCAGGCCAUCCUGUCAAUGCCCUUAACUGCUCAGAGGAUCCAAGAAGCUACAGAGAUGUCUACUGAGCUUCCUGCAACAACAGUGAUGGCAGAAAUGGACCUUUUCACAGCCUCUGAGACCAACAUUUCCACCUGUGACUUAUAUGAGCACAAAGACACAGCACGGAUAUUAUUGUCUGUCUUCUACGGCUCCAUCUUGAUCCUUGGGGUGCUUGGAAACACCAUUGCCCUCACCGUCAUCUUUAAAAACAGAAAGAAGAUCAACUCCACUACCCUGUAUUCAACAAACCUCGUCUUCUCCGACCUGCUCUUCUGCAUUGCCUUGCCAACCAGGAUCGCCUACUACGGCAUGGGCUUCCACUGGCCCUUUGGAGAGGCGCUGUGCCGAAUCACGGCGCUCCUGUUCUACGUCAACACCUAUGCAGGCGUCAACUUCAUGACGUGCCUGAGCAUCGACCGCUUCUUCGCUGUCGUCCACCCCUUCCGAUACAAGAUCAGAAGGAUUAAAUAUGCCAAGUGCAUCUGUGUCUUUGUCUGGUUUCUUGUAUUCAGUCAAACUUUCCCUUUACUUAUACAAUCCAUGUCACAGAGAGAAAAUGAAAGGACUACAUGUAUGGAAUAUCCAAACUUUGAGAAAAUAGAACAUCUACCAUUUAUACUUCUUGCUGCCUGUUUAAUAGGGUACCUUAUUCCUCUGGGGAUUAUUCUAUUUUGCUACACUCAAAUCAGCUGCAAACUUUUUCAAACAGCCAAGGAAAAUCCACUGACUGAAAAAUCAGGGAUAAACAAAAAAGCCAUCAAUACAAUCAUAUUUGUAAUUAUAGUGUUUAUAAUCUGCUUUACUCCUUAUCAUGUUGCAAUCAUACAACACAUGAUUAAGAAACUUCAGCGAGAACCCUUGUGCAGUGAAACAAAAAUUUUCCAGAAGUCACUCCACUAUACUGUAUUUCUAAUGAAUUUUAACUGCUGCCUUGAUCCUUUCAUCUACUUCUUUGCAUGCAAAGGAUACAAGAGAACUGUACUGAAAAUACUGCGACGACAAGUGAGUGUAUCAAUUUCAAGUGCUGCCAGGUCACAUCAUGAAGAAAGCUCCCGUGACGCAGGAGAAACGCAAAUGACGGUACUUGCUAAAUCCCCCAAUGGAAAGCUACCUGAAAAAUAAACUCUGUAGUACACCACAGUGAACCAAGACUAUAAAGCCAGGGUCCACAGCAAAAACUCUUAGUCCUCCCCUACAGCAGCUUAAGUAAACUUCUGUUUCUCAUGAUGUCAGAGAAUCAAGGAGUAAUGGACUGAAAAAUAUUUGUCACAGGACAGCAGGAAAACUCAGCAUUAUAAUCUUCUUGCUGUAUCCUUUUGACUGAUCUCUUAUUUUUUCCAGGAAAUAUGCACCAUUGAGGAUGUUCAGAUUCCAUGCUGCACAUACAUAUGCCUGGAUGUUACUAACUCAAACAGAGCCAAAUCACAGUUAGGAUUGAGCACAAACAUAGCUUACAAUUCAACCAACUACAACCAGAACAUCUGAAAAUUUCAAGACCUCUAGCUGAGCUCCAAUUACAGCAAUGGUUUUGUUGGGCCAGUCACACAGACAUAGGAAAUAAAAUUUUGAGAUAAAAUGGUCAACUUCUUUGCUCAUUUGACUAUGACAAGUUUAUAGCUCUUUGGAGGUGAAACUACAUUUUACAAUAUUUGGAGCACAAAUGCCUUAUUGGACAAUUCACAUAGAAAACAUUGUCAAAUGUAACACAUGAAAAGCUAAUGAACUGUUUGGUUCUUCCCAACACUGAACAUCUCCUGUAUGUAAAAUCACUCAUCUUCACAAGGUGUAUUAUCUCUUUACUCCUUUUCCUAAAGGAAAACUUUCCUUUUUAGUGUGUAUUGUAAAAAGUCUCUCUCUACUCUGUUGUAUAUAGAUUAUUUAUAAACAUGAAUUGAAGCAAGAGACUGUAAUAUGAAAACUGCACCAUUUCAGUUAGAAGAACAGUGAUACAGUGUUCUUCAGAACUUCUGCUGAAGUCAGUCAUGGACAUAAGACAAAUGCUUUAGAAACCUGAAUAAAUGUUCAUAGUUGAGAUCAUUCAAAAAGUAAAUUAAUGGAUUAAUUCUG